AUUAUGGACUAUUGUUACUUGAAUGAGUACACAGUUAAAAAUGUGUAUCCGCUGCCUUUGAUCAGUCAGCUAGUAGACAAGUUGGCUGGCACCAAGAUCUUAACAAAGAUGGAUCUAAGGUAGGGGUACAAUAAUGUAUGCAUCAAAGAAGAAGAUGCUUGGAAGGCCGUGUUCACGUGCCACCGAGGAUCCUUCGAGCCCCUCAUUAUGUUCUUUGGGUUGACCAAUUCACCGGCAACCUUCCAGAGCAUGAUGAACGGGAUUUUUGCGGAUAUGGAAAACUGUGUUGUCAUUUACAUUGACAAUUUAUUAAUAUUUACGAAGUUGGACGAUGAGGCUGAGCAUGACAGGAUUGUGCAAGAAGUCCUUUGACACUUACAGGAAUGGGACCUAUUCAUCAAACCCAAAAAAUGUAAUUUUAAAGUAAAGGAAGUAGACUUCCUUGGUAUGAUAAUAGGCCAGAACAGAAUCAGGAUGGAUCCUGAGAAAGUUCAAGCUAUAUUGGAUUGGCCAGAACCUACUCGCGUCAAAGGAGUUAGGGCCUUCCUUGGCUUAGGCAACUUCUACCGAAGAUUUGUAAAAAACUUCGCAAAAAUCACGAGAUCGUUGAACGAUCUCACCAAAAAGGAUAUUGUUUGGCACUGGGGCGCCAAAGAACAAGAAGCUUUUGUUAAGCUUAAACAAGUGUUUACGACAGCGCCCAUAUUAGCAUUUCCAGAAUUAGACAAAGAGUUCCGGCUAGAAACUGACUCUUCUGAUUUUGCUACUGGGGCUGUUUUGUCAAUCAAAUGCCCUGAUGAUCUUUGGAGGCCUUGUGCCUAUUUAUCACAUAGUUUGUUGCCUACAGAGUGCAACUAUCAAAUUUACAAUAAGGAGAUGCUAGCCAUCAUUAGAGCUCUAGAGCACUGGCGGCACUACAUAGAAGGUGCUAGGCACCAGUUUGAAAUUUGGACCGAUCAUAAGAAUCUGGAGUAUUUUAUGACAGCCCGAGACUUGAACCGAAGACAGGCCCGGUACACGGUGUACUUGUCUAGGUUUAAUUAUAAAUUAAUUCAUAAACCUGGAAGUUCUAUGGGGAAAGCGGACACUUUGUCCAGAAGAGAGGAUCAUGCCAAUGGCAUCAAAGAUGACAACAAAGGUGUCACCCUGAUAGACCAAUCCAGGGUUGCCAAUGCUCGAAUUGGGCAGGAUUCCAAUCUUCUAGAAGUCUUCAAGAAAAACAUCUCCUCAGAAGAGAAGGUGCGCCUUGACAGCAAUAAAAACUAUUUAUGGGAAGACGGGCUCUUCUGUUUUAAAGACAAAAUCUAUGUGCCUGAGUCCACAAGGAUCAAGGCAAUAGACAGACAUCACAACACUCCAGUGGCUGGGCACCCUGGGUAGCAAUGAACGAUGGAGUUGAUCUCCAGAAACUACAUAUGGCCCGGCAUAGUCAAAGACGUACAGGAAUACAUAAAUCCUGUCUGAGAUGUGUCAUGGCAAAGAACUCUCAUCUACCGCCGGCCAGUAAACUUAUGCCAAAUCCGAUAGCAGCUGGUCCCUGGCAGGACAUAUCGGUCAAUUUCACAACGGAUCUACCCAAAUCAAAUGGGUAUGAUUCGGUAAUGGUGAUAGUAGAUCACUUCUCCAAAAAAGUAGUGUUUAUUCCCACCAACAGAACUAUUACCGCUGCUGGUACAGCAGAUCUAUUUAAAGAUUCUGUAUGGUCUAUCCAUGGGUUACCAGAAACAGUUAUCUCUGAUAGGGGGCCACAAUUUGCUAGCGAAUUUACCAAAAAAGUAUGCCGGAUGCUGGGCAUCAAACCUAAAUUAUCAACGGUGUUCCAUCCACAGACCAAUGGACAAACGGAAAGGCUCAAUCAGGAAUUGAAACAAUACCUCCGUAUAUUUAUCAAUGACAGGCAGACGGAUUGGGCCAAGUGGCUAAAGAUAACCCAGUUCUCUUAUAUUAUUAAACAGUCGUUGGCUACAGGAAAGGCACCAUUUGAGGUUACAAGAUUGUACCUUCCCAGAAUGGGUGUAGAACCUGGCAAAGCAAGAACGAGGCUGCUGAGAACAUGGUCAAAGACAUGAAGUCUGUCUUAGACAAAACGCGCAAAGCGCUAUUCAAAACUGCAGAGCAGAUGAAAGACAGGGCAGAGCGUAGACACUCUAAGACCCCUGACUACAAGGUUGGCGACUUGGUCUGGCUAGAUACCGACCACUUAAAACUGAAAGAUCAGCAGUCUAGAAAACUGACCGAAAAGUGGAUUGGUCCUUACCGGAUUAAGGAAGUCAAACCCAAUGCAGUGGAGUUGGAGCUCCCAAAAUGAAUGAGGGUAGUACCCACGGUCAAUAUUAGCCAUGUGAAACCCUACAAAGGGCCGCUGCCGGGACAGUGUGUAGACCAGCCUGGACCGGUUGUAGUCACCCAGGAAGGUGAAGAAGAGUUCGAAGUUGAACGAGUGGUGGACACACACUUGAAGUGUGGAAAAUUAGAGUUCCUAGUCCUGUGG